GACAACUACAAUGCGUUACACAUAGCUUCCAUGUACUCGCGUGAGGAUGUUGUCAAGUUGUUGCUUAACAAACGCGGCGUGGAUCCCUACUCUACGGGUGGUUCUCGCACCCAAACUGCUGUACAUUUGGUCUCCAGUCGACAAACAGGAACGGCAACAAAUAUUUUGCGCGCUCUUUUAGCUGCAGCUGGAAAGGAAAUUCGCCUAAAAGUAGACGGGCGAGGUAAAAUACCACUGCUGCUUGCGGUAGAAUCCGGUAAUCAGUCUAUGGUUAGAGAGCUGCUGUCAGCUCAAACAUCGGACCAACUGAAGGCAACAACAGCUAAUGGAGACACGGCCAUGCAUUUGGCCGCCAGACGACGGGAUGUCGAUAUGGUUCGCAUCCUGGUCGAUUACGGCACCAAUGUCGACACCCAGAAUGGUGAGGGCCAGACACCGUUGCACAUAGCGGCCGCCGAAGGUGACGAGGCACUGCUGAAGUACUUCUAUGGCGUGCGCGCUUCCGCGUCCAUUGCGGACAAUCAAGAUCGUACACCAAUGCAUUUAGCAGCUGAGAAUGGCCAUGCGCACAUCAUUGAAAUUUUGGCGGACAAAUUCAAGGCGAGCAUCUUCGAACGCACAAAGGAUGGCAGCACGCUGAUGCAUAUCGCCUCGCUGAAUGGCCAUGCCGAGUGCGCGACGAUGCUCUUCAAGAAGGGCGUCUAUCUACACAUGCCAAAUAAGAAUGGCGCGCGCAGCAUUCACACCGCGGCCGCUUACGGCCACACCGGCAUCAUCAACACGCUGCUGCAGAAGGGCGAAAAAGUUGAUGUGACGACGAAUGAGAACUACACAGCACUCCAUAUUGCUGUGGAGUCUGCGAAGCCAGCCGUCGUCGAAACAUUGCUUGGCUUCGGCGCCGAUGUCCAUGUCCGUGGCGGUGCGAUGCACGAAACGCCGUUGCAUAUUGCCGCACGAGUUAAGGAUGGCGAUCGUUGUGCCUUAAUGCUCCUUAAGUCCGGAGCUAGUCCCAAUUUAACUACCGAUGAUGGCCUGACGCCGGUGCAUGUGGCCGCGCGUAACGGUAAUCUGGCAACGCUGACACAACUCCUCGAAGAUGGUGGCGAUCCGCUAUACAAAUCCAAUACCGGCGAAACGUCACUGCAUAUGGCCUGCCGUUCGUGUCACCCUGAAAUCGUACGACAUCUCAUCGAAAUGGUCAAGGAGAAACAUGGCCCCGACAAGGCUACCACCUACAUUAAUUCAGUUAACGACGAUGGCGCCACCGCACUACACUACACAUGCCAAAUCACCAAGGAGGAGGUCAAAAUUCCCGAGUCCGACAAGGAGAUUGUCCGCAUGCUGCUGGAGAAUGGCGCAGAUGUGACGCUGGCAACGAAAACUGUGCUGGAGACUGCUUUCCAUUACUGUGCUGUCGCUGGCAACAACGAUGUACUUAUGGAGAUGAUCGCGCACAUGAAUCCCACAGACAUACAAAAAGCCAUGAAUCGACAGACGUCGGUAGGCUGGACGCCGUUGCUUAUCGCCUGUCACCGCGGGCACAUGGAGCUGGUCAACAACCUUUUAGCGAAUCAUGCCAGAGUGGAUGUGUUCGACACAGAGGGCCGAUCCGCCCUGCAUUUGGCUGCCGAACGAGGGUAUCUGCACGUCUGCGACGCAUUACUCACCAACAAGGCGUUUAUCAAUUCGAAAUCGCGUGUCGGUCGCACGGCGCUACAUCUCGCUGCGAUGAAUGGCUUCACGCAUCUAGUGAAGUUUCUCAUCAAGGAUCACAAUGCUGUUAUCGAUAUAUUGACACUGCGCAAGCAAACGCCUCUCCAUCUAGCCGCCGCUAGUGGACAGAUGGAGGUAUGUCAGCUUCUGCUUGAGCUCGGAGCUAACAUAGACGCGACCGACGAUCUGGGUCAAAAGCCCAUACAUGUCGCCGCGCAGAACAACUACUCUGAAGUGGCCAAAUUGUUCCUGCAACAACAUCCGUCGCUGGUGAAUGCCACCAGCAAGGAUGGCAACACCUGCGCGCACAUCGCUGCCAUGCAGGGUUCGGUGAAAGUGAUCGAGGAGCUAAUGAAGUUCGAUCGUUCUGGCGUGAUAUCGGCUAGAAACAAAUUGACUGAUGCCACGCCGCUGCAGCUGGCGGCCGAGGGUGGACAUGCGGACGUGGUGAAGGCGUUGGUACGUGCGGGCGCCUCGUGUACAGACGAGAACAAAGCCGGCUUUACGGCCGUGCAUUUGGCGGCACAGAACGGGCAUGGCCAGGUAUUGGAUGCGUUGAAAAGUACCAACUCUUUGAGGAUAACCAGCAAGAAAUUGGGACUGACGCCGUUGCAUGUGGCAGCCUACUACGGACAGGCGGACACUGUGCGCGAGCUGUUGACGAGCGUGCCGGCAACGGUGAAAUCUGAGCCGCCGACAGGACAAAGUCUCUUCGGUGAACUGGGGGCAGAAUCCGGCAUGACACCAUUGCACUUGGCAGCAUUCUCGGGCAAUGAAAAUGUAGUUAGGUUACUACUAAAUUCUGCCGGCGUACAAGUGGAGGCGGCAACGACAGAAAACGGCUACAAUCCACUCCAUUUGGCUUGCUUCGGUGGUCACAUGUCAGUGGUUGGCUUGCUUCUGAGUCGCUCAGCAGAACUGCUCCAAUCGACGGAUCGUCAUGGCAGGACUGGUCUACAUAUCGCCGCCAUGCACGGCCACAUACAGAUGGUGGAGAUUCUGUUGGGUCAAGGCGCAGAAAUAAAUGCCACCGACAAAAACGGUUGGACGCCACUGCAUUGUGCUGCCAAAGCCGGCCACUUGGAAGUUGUGAAGUUACUAUGCGAGGCCGGCGCUUCGCCCAAGUCGGAGACGAACUACGGUUGCGCGGCGAUAUGGUUCGCCGCCUCCGAAGGCCACAAUGAUGUGCUGCGGUAUCUGAUGAAUAAAGAGCACGAUACGUAUAGCCUGAUGGAGGACAAGCGCUUCGUGUACAAUUUGAUGGUGGUCUCAAAGAAUCACAACAACAAGCCGAUACAAGAGUUUGUGCUUGUGUCGCCGGCGCCUGUGGAUACCGCAGCCAAAUUGUCAAAUAUCUAUAUAAACUUGUCGACAAAGGAAAAAGAACGCGCCAAAGAUCUAGUAGCCGCUGGCAAACAAUGUGAAGCUAUGGCCACGGAGCUGCUAGCCCUUGCCGCAGGCUCUGAUUCGGCAGGAAAAAUACUGCAAGCCACCGAUCGUAGAAAUGUCGAGUUCCUAGAUGUGCUAAUUGAAAAUGAACAAAAGGAAGUUAUUGCACACACUGUAGUGCAGCGCUAUCUGCAAGAACUCUGGCGCGGCUCACUCACCUGGGCUUCCUGGAAAAUACUGCUACUCUUAGUCGCAUUCAUUGUGUGCCCACCCGUCUGGAUCGGCUUCACUUUCCCGAUGGGCCAUAAAUUCAACAAAGUGCCUAUUAUCAAAUUCAUGUCCUAUCUCACCUCGCACAUCUAUCUGAUGAUCCAUCUGAGCAUAGUCGGCAUAACGCCCAUCUAUCCUGUGCUGCGGCUAAGUUUGGUCCCCUACUGGUACGAAAUUGGGCUGCUCAUUUGGUUGAGUGGUUUACUUUUGUUCGAGCUGACAAAUCCAUCUGAUAAAUCUGGAUUGGGAUCGAUAAAACUGUUGGUGCUGCUGCUGGGCAUGGCCGGUGUGGGCGUGCAUGUGGCCGCGUUCGUCUUCGUCUCCAAAUUAUACUGGCCGACACUGAUCUAUUGCCGCAAUCAGUGUUUCGCAUUGGCAUUUCUGCUAGCCUGCGUGCAAAUAUUGGACUUUCUCUCGUUCCAUCACCUCUUCGGACCAUGGGCUAUCAUCAUCGGCGAUUUGCUGAAGGAUUUGGCACGCUUCUUGGCAGUACUGGCGAUUUUCGUGUUUGGCUUCUCAAUGCAUAUUGUAGCGCUGAAUCAGUCGUUUGCGAACUUUAAGCCGGAGGAUUUGCGGGGGUUCGAAAAACGCAACCGCAAUCGCGGAUACUUCAGCGAUGAUGAUAUGCCAACACCACGACCUCCUCCCAGCUCAGCUGAGCGGUAUAUCGAUAGUCGAAGUUUAUCUAGCGAAUUUCGACGCAAACAUAAAGAUGAUCGACCCAUGACGCCAUUUUUGGCGUUCGAGCGUCUCUUCUUCGCCGUAUUUGGACAGACAACGACCGUCGACAUCAAUCCAAUGCGCCACCUGCGCCCCGAAUGGACCGAGGUUCUGUUCAAGUUCGUAUUUGGCAUCUAUUUGCUUGUGUCUGUGGUUGUUCUCAUUAAUUUGCUCAUUGCUAUGAUGUCGGAUACUUAUCAACGCAUACAGGCUCAAUCCGAUAUUGAAUGGAAAUUUGGCCUAUCCAAGCUUAUACGCAAUAUGCAUCGCACAACAACAGCGCCCUCGCCGCUUAAUUUAGUUACCACAUGGUUUAUAUGGAUCGUCGAGAAGGUCAAGGCGCGCAUGAAGAAAAAGAAGCGUCCAAGUCUGGUACAGAUGAUGGGAAUACGUCAGGCCAGCCCGCGCACAAAGGCUGGCGCCAAAUGGCUCUCGAAGAUCAAGAAAGACUCUGUGGCUCUAUCCGUUGUACAUCUAUCGCCACUUGGAUCGCAGACCAGUUUUACCGCUGCCAAUCAGAAUCGCAUCGAGAAUGUAGCUGACUGGGAAGCGAUCGCCAAGAAGUAUCGCGCGCUUGUCGGCGACGAGGAGGGUGGUUCCAUCAAGGAUUCGGAGGCAGAGAGCGGCUCUGUCGAGGGUAGCGGUGGCGGUACGGGUGCGCCACCGCCGCCGGCACAGGUGGGCAAUAAUGUUGCAGCCGCACAACCACAAGAGCUAUUGCCGCACGUGUAG